GUGAAUUGUUACGAUACGAACGAAGUAAAUUGCUAAAGUGCACAUCGUGCUGUUGUGAAGAUUUUCGGCGAAUAAUCAUUAAUAUUCAACAAAAAAACCAGUGUUAACGCUCGAAUUAAUGCGUAGGAUUGUUAUACAAAUAUAAUACACUAUCAAAACCUCUGUGGACAUUCCAUUAGUAGUUGUGGUGCAUUUGUUUAUUUAUAGACAGUCGCAAUUUGCAGUCAUGUAAUUAUUUCUGCGGUGCUAAAAUGUCUCAAAAGGAUACAGCUAUACAUCUGGUAGCCGGUGGUGUGGCCGGGACAGCGGGAGCUGUAGUGACAUGCCCCUUGGAAGUUGUCAAAACCCGCCUCCAAUCGUCUAAAGGAGUGGGGAUUCCACCUGCGGGUCCUCCGCCUCCUUCAAACAACUCAACAAACACUAGAAAAAUAUGCUCCAAAAUAUCAAAACAUCAGGAGGCCAAAUGGGGCUACAGACGUACGAUGGGCGCGAUGUUCGCAUACAGCAAGCAAGCCGACCGCAUGCUGAUGUCCUACAAUUGUCAGGUACAGCAGUGUGCGACGGUGGGCCACGCCAGGGCUACGUCCAGAAUGAGCCUCAUCCAAUGCAUCAGACACAUAGUUCAAAAUGAAGGACCGAAAGCUUUGUUCAAAGGCCUUGGACCAAACAUCGUGGGUGUGGCGCCUUCGAGAGCCAUAUACUUCUGCACAUAUUCGCAAGCAAAGGCGAUAUUAAACCAAAACAUCCCACCUGAUACACCCAUAGUACAUCUUUCAGCAGCAAGUGCUGCAGGUUUUGUAUCGUGCACAAUGACCAAUCCCAUAUGGUUCGUCAAGACACGGCUACAAUUAGAUGGCCAAAACGUAACAGCACUACAGUGCAUCAAAAGGAUAUACGCGAGAACGGGCAUAAGAGGGUUUUACAAGGGCAUAACGGCAUCGUACAUGGGCAUCAGUGAGACCGUGGUUCAUUUCGUGUUGUACGAGGGAGUGAAGGCUAGACUGGUCGCUGCCAGGAGUGUGGACGGUGUGCCCAGUGACCAGCGCUCCCCGAGGGACUUUCUGGAGUUCAUGGGCGCCGGGGCUUUCUCUAAGACCGUAGCGUCUUGCAUCGCCUAUCCACAUGAAGUGGCGAGGACCCGGCUAAGGGAGGAAGGCGACAAAUAUCGCAAAUUUUGGCAAACACUGCACACUGUGUGGUUGGAAGAGGGGUACCGCGGUGUUUAUAGGGGCUUAGGCACGCAACUGGUUCGCCAAAUACCAAACACAGCGAUCAUGAUGUCUACAUACGAAGCCGUCGUCUACCUUCUGACCACUCAUUUCAACAGUUCCUUCUAUGAAAACACUUAGCAGCUGAUUGCAAUGCGUAGGACACCCGU